CUGGCUCCAUCUGGGACCCCCUGCAAGCUAAGGAACCAGCUGCUUCGACCGCCGCCGCCCCGCCGGCUCUCCCGGUGGCUCAGUUUAAGCAACGGAUGCCCAUGUACAAUAGUCACUUGAACCUGACUGCUACCACCGCGGCAGCAACGGCAGCAGGGGCAGCCCCAACCGCUGAGUCCCCGGUGUCUCUUCCCGUGACCUCUCUGGCAAUGCAGGGACCACCAGCCGCUCCUCAGGACGCCCCUGCCAAGAAGGGUCUCUCGCUCACAAAGGAGCAGCUGUGUGCAGCCCAUGAAAUCUUCCAGAUGGCGAACAAAGUUACAAGGCCCGAGAAGAUGCUCAUCCUGGGAUUCAUGGCGGGAUCCAGAGAAAACCCCUGUCAAGAGCAGGGCGACGUCAUCCAGAUCAAGCUAAGUGAGCACACGGAGGUCCUGCCGAACGCCGAUGGGACCGGAAGCACCACCAUGCUGGUGGACACGAUCUUUGAGAUGAACUAUGCCACCGGCGAGUGGAGCCGCCUGACGAAGUCCAAGCCCAUGACAAACAUUUCCUAAAGGAUUCCGUGACGGGGAGACGUAGACCAAAUAGAUCCUAGAAUAAAGCCAGCUUGUACGUUGUGUGUCACCUCGAGCAGAACGACAUUCCCCCCACGUAGGACUCCUUGUAGCCAGCCUCCCAUGUCCCAUGUGCUACGCUUGGCCAAAGUAGGAAGGCCGGAGGCCAGAGCGGCGCAGGGCUCUCUGUCGUAGGAAGGAUUGUGGAAGGAUGCGGUGACUCACGGCUUCCAGCACUUUGGCAGGAAAGGGGCUUUUGAUUUGCCUGCCCUGAGAAAGGACCAAGAGGGGGGAAUCUUCUUCACCAGGCCGAUUUCAUGGCAGGGACCUCACUCGGUCGGCUUUCUCGGUGCUCUUGUUAAAAAUAGGCCCUGCCAGUUUGGCCGUUUCUCCCCCCCCGCCCCCCCUUUUGGUAGCUGACUGCAAGUAGCCUUCGUCCUUUUGGGCGGCCCUCCUUCUGAGGCACCAUGAAGACCCCGUAGGAUGAUUUCCCCCUCUUUCUUCUGCUGCUCAAGAUUGCACAAAUAAUAAACCUUCCUUCCCUUGAGAACAGCCAGCCCCCUGAGUGUAUGUGCGUGCGUUAGUCACAUAAAGGGGUUGCCUUUUAAGACGGACACGUAAAAAAGGGCGACCCCCCCCCAAAAAAAGCUUACAAUCUCAGUGGCGCAGUGUGAUUUAGCUUCCCUGGCGUUGAAGUUGAAUGAGUGACAUCGGCUUCCAAUGCUCUUCAAAAUGGUUAAAUCCCAAGACUUUGAACUCGGGGGGCUUCAGGCUGAGGUAGCUAAUUCCAAGACCUCCAAGGGUUCCCUUGCAGGAUGGAUGACCAAGCGGCCUUUGCUAAAGAGUGAGGUUGGUGGAUGUCGGAAGACGGCGGAGCUUUUGGGGAAUCUCAUUCCCGUUGAAGCAAGUCCAAACAAUAAUUAGGCCUCCUCCUCCUCCUCCUUCCCUGCUUUGCGGCACCGUUACUGAAGGAGGAUCUGAGAUGGUUCAUCAGGCAGGGCUGCAGGGGAACUCCAGGAGGGACGUCGCUUGCAGGGACAUUAUUAUUGCAAAGGUCUCCCCCCCCUCCUGCCCCCUCCCUUCACCACAGCUGAGGGCCACUUAGAACGGUUUUCUUAGUUUCUGGCCUCUUUAAUUCUGGCCUCUGUAAGCCUUUGAAGUCUAAGAGCGGGCAGCUCAAAGAGUUUAAUCAUUUAUGCAGAGGAAGAGUUUUAAGAAUAAGGGAUUUCUCUCUGGUCACUGGAAUGGUAGGUAGAUGGUAGGAGAUAGUCUUGAAGGUCAAGGGAAGAAGCUGGUUGAGCUGGGAGAAGAAGAACGAAGGCUUGGCCAAAGUGCAGCUGGAAAGGCAAUGCCCCCUCGGGAGCAUCUGAAGCUAGAAAGGGGGGAGAUGGGCAGCCUUUCGGGUUUGCCUUUAGCCCACCUGAAUGGUGGGCUUGUUUCUCAAUUCUGCCCAGUGGGCCAACCAGAAUCGGGAAAGCCUGACGGAGGUUUCACGAGGUUCUUCUGCAACUUCCUUUGAUUUAACAUUUCAGCCAUACUUGAACCUGGAAGCAGCAUUUGGAACAACGGGACUCGUUUUACCAAAUUUAUGUCAGUUUUAUGCAGUAUCAACAUGGCUUGUUCGGAUUAUUUUAAGAGGCCGCGUUCGUUGGAAGCCCACCCCCACCUUUCUGCUGGCAUGCAGCGUGAUGUCCCCUAGGGAGUUCAAACGCAAAGGCAUGAUUCACUUUUUGUUGGGCCAUCGGGGCCAUCUCUGGAGUACGUUACAAUUCAUCUUCUAUCCAGAAACCUGGUUUGAAGAUAGACUGCAGUUUUUCUGUAGUUUUUUGUGAAGACCUGCCAACCAGCAGGUGUUCGUGGUUCUGCUCUUAAAUAGGGGCGGUGUAAUCCCCUCCCCUCCAGUAUUUAGCCGGAGGGGGAGGAGUCCAGCUGGUGUCAUAGCUGUGAGAUCUGAAGAGGGCAGAAUGGGGCCGGGCUUUGACUACAGAAUGGCGGCCAUGCGGUCCCUCCGUGGUGGAAUUCCCUCGGGUGGAUUCAAAAUAGGAAGACGGCUUGUGUGAAGCUGGCAUAUCUGCUUUGCCUUGGGGUGGGGGGGCUGUGGGGGGAGAAAAGCUUGCCCUGUCCCCCCCCCGCCAGAGCUCUUCCUUGAGUUAGAAGCCUUCUUCAUUCAGAGUCCGUGCAAGGAAUGGCGGCGUGAAACGCCUGAUGGAGCAACCUAGAAAGUAUCCUAUAGGUGUCCUGAGGGACCUCCCUUCUUAGAUCCUUGUCUCUGCUAAGCUCUUGGGAAAUCAUCCUCCCGUUUUUAAAAAUCCGGUUUGGUCUGGCAAGUGCCGAUGCUGUCCAUUGAGGUGGAGGGAUGCCUCUGUCCAGGAUGCCUGAUUUCUCGCAUCCCUGGUCGUGCUGUGCCCGGCCUUUGUAGGUUAAGGUCUGGCUGCCCGGAGGUGGCUAGGAAGAAGCCCUGCCAAGGCAGGCUGGAAAGGGACACGGGAUGGGCUGGGAUCGAGAGACACCGAAGGCGCCCACUCAAGUGGAAUGGAACUGCUCAGAACCACCAGGCCCUUCAGUUGUCCUGCUUGGCUUAGAAGGAACUUGGUGCUGAUUCCGACAGAAAAAGACAAAUGGCCAGUCCUAUCCGCGGCUCUGAUCUUUUUCCCCGUGGGGGUGGGGGAGAUGUUUUAGAGUCUAAUUCUAGAUGUAAGAUUAUUUGUAGUAUCCAGCGAGCAUCAGGCAAGCUGGAGUUAUUGUUGAAACAAGCGUGCAGCAUCCCUCCUGCCCCACCAGUUAGCAAAAGGGCCCCCCCAAAGUCUUUGGCAGCCUUGGGGUUUUCCUCAUUCUGCCCCCCAAUAGCUGCCCCCCCCCAAACCACCAACGGAAGAGAAAAGGCAAGGUAGGAAUUGAGCCCCGAGACCUUGGGAUUCUGGUACCUUUUUAACAAGCAAUGUUGUUUUCUAAAAUGUUGCCUAUCUAAUAGAGCAGGCCAGAUGUUUUCUAUCUAUUUUGUUUUUUGUACAGAUGUAAAUGCAAAACCUCAUGUCCUUGAAUACGUUAUUUUCGGCAUAAUAUCGGUAAUAAAGUUCAGAUUUUUCUAAGUACA